AUGUUUACUCCUUCUACCGAGAUGACGACUGCAUUUCCUCUUCUCCGUCUUCCGCACCUUGUACUUAUGCCUGUCUUGGAACAAAUGGAAUUUUUGGACAGAAUCGCAUUCUCUAUUCUUUCCAAACGAACCAGAAUGUACGUGAAACUACUCAAAAUGAAGUGUGAGCAUAUCAAUUUAAAACUGAAUGGUGACAGAAUCGAUAUGAUAGUGUUUUGUGAUUUUACUAUAGUAUUGGAAGUGAAUAUGUAUAUCGAUGAAUAUCAACGAAGCACUUUCAAGAAUCAAUAUGAAGGGGUUUAUUCAUGGCGCGACAGUAGUCUAUUUCCAGUGGACUAUGUCCUUUCAAUUAUGGACGUCAUGGAUUGCAAGUCAAUCAAUCAGCUUAUAGUCUCUGAUAUUUCUGAACACAAUUGUCUUCCAAUCAUCGCAAAACUUCCAAAAAUUGAUGAAGUCGUUGUUGAACAUCAUUGGUCUGACGUUACUUCUUACGAAGCAUAUUUUCAAAAAGAAAGACAACUUCUCAGAGUUCUGAAAACUGUUUUACCAGUAUCUUCUGCAGUUACUAUCAACUAUCGCUUCCAAAACCAGAAUCACCUCCGAGAAAUUCUCAAAGGGAAUUUCGACGCCGUGAUUCUAAAACGUUCGGACAAUUGGAUUACUCUUAAUGAUCUGUGGAUUACAAACGCUAAGAUACUUGAGAUUCAUACAGCAAAGGUUGACGUGAGAGACCUCAACCGUUAUUUUAAGUUGUGGAUGAAGAAAAUAUGUAAUGAUCGACUGGAAUACUUGGAAGUGAGAAUAUAUGACACGCCCAGUAUGGAUCUCCUUUUGGACGGACUUAACGCUGUUUCUGUUCCAAUUGAAACACAGAGAGAAUUCCGGGUUUUGGAAAAUGUAAAACGCCAAAACGGUCCAGUGGGAGCUGAGCUGUGGAGAAAACGUGUUUUUCGCUUAUAUCGCUUAGCUCUGGAGUGUCGUUUGUCCAGCUAA